AUGCCUUCUACCUUUUUCACUUACCUUUUAUUCACCUACCUUUUGCCUGCUUUUACUGAAUCCAGUGGCGAGGAAGAAAACGAUGAUGACGAUGACGGGGUCGAAGAGCAUAGGUAUACUGAAUCCAGUGGCGAGGAAGAAAACGAGGAUGACGAUGACGGGGUCGAAAGAGCGUCUUCCUCGACAUCAAAUAGAUAUGAGCUUGGUCAAAAAGAGGAAGAAUUUUUAGAAAAGGAUCAAUCUCUAUUGGAAUUUCACUUAUUAUUGGAAAACUAUGAACCAUAUAUUUGA